AUGGCGAACCCACUGCCAAUCCGAACACCGACAGGUGAAUCGCAGACCGAGAAGCCACCACACCUGGCUUCAUUUCCGUCCUCGUCGCAACUGAGCGCAAGUGGAAAAACUCGAAUUUCGCCAGCAGCCUCGUUCUUGAAACGCUCCCCGAGCAGUGCGCAGAAGCUUCGUCGCCGGGCGUCGGUAGAACAUCCAGAUCUUUUGCAGACGGGCAAGCCUCGACGAUUCAAGUCUCAAUACCCGCUUGACUCAUCUGAACGCCAUGUGGAGUAUAUCCUUGUGGCGUCCUUUCACAUCGACCGUGGACCGAUUAUGGAACACCAAUAUCCUGCUGCGAUUAGCGGUGACGAGAGUAUGCUUGCGGAGCUGAUGCUUCCCGAUCAAACUCAUGUUCGAAGUCAAGAUUGGACAAUAUUUUUCUUACACAAGGACACGGGGGAGGACGAUGAAGACGCGGACCAAGAGGGAAAGAAAAAGCGGAAAAAAGGACGGAAAAACAAAGACACUGAUGGACAAGAGAACCAAUAUAAUGAUCAUGAAAGGAAUGCAGAGGAAAGCAGUGAUGAUGAUUAUGACGACGACGACGAUGACGAUGAUAACGAAGGCGAUGACGAUGACGAAGAAGAGGAAGGUGGAGAAGGCCCUCCUCUCAUGUACGUGUUGAAUCUGGUCAAUACGAAGCAAGACAACACAGUUCGACGUGGAGCGGUUGUGAAAGCCAUGGCUAUCUGCACUCGUCAUUCAUUUCUGCAUAUAUACAAACCUUUACUUUUAUUGGCCUUGGAAGAAUAUUUUAAAGCACCAUAUCCGGAAACGCUCGCAUCCCUAUAUGAUGCUGUGAAUGCCAUGGAUCUUUCGCUCCUCCCCCGCUUCUCUUUGCUAGAGCGGAGUAUUCUACAAGCCAGUGAUUCAAAGGAUAUGUUUAUUGAGAAAUUCGAGCGUAUGAUUGAACAGCGGGUUGCUGAUGAUGAGUCUGAACGAGGUUCCGGGUCAUCUUCACUAGGUUCCCCGACCAAAGCACGAUACACCUUGCCACGAGACACUCACGAAUAUGAAUCCAAAGUCGUCUACAAUGAGAUACCAAUUCCCGUGAAAAUCCCAACGGUUAUUUGGCCAGAGACAGUGGGAGAUUUCUCACUCAUCAAAUUGAUUCAGAUCUUUGCAGCUCCGCACUCCACAGCGCCACAACCAUUUGCUCUUCACCCCCACCUCACCACUAAUGGCGCCUACACACACCCUAUCAUCGUCUUAGUCAAUGCCAUGCUCACUCAAAAACGGGUCGUUUUCCUGGGACAUAAUCGUCCUUCUGGAGAAGUAGCCGAAGCCGUCCUCGCAGCAUGCGCCUUGGCAUCUGGGGGUAUUUUGCGAGGCUUCACUCGCUAUGCUUUCCCAUAUACGGACUUGACCAAGAUUGAUGAUCUUUUAAAGGUACCUGGAUUUGUUGCCGGCGUGACCAACCCGACUUUUGCCAACCACCCUGAGUGGUGGGACUUGCUUUGUGACCUCCCUACCGGUCGUAUGAAAAUAAGUAGUCGGGUCGAGCCAGCACCAGUCACGGAAGGGUCAAAAUUCUUCCAGCAAAACAAUACUCCUUCGGGACAGGCAGCAGCAUCUCUGGAUCCAACCGGUGAUAUGACUUUUAUGAACGAUAUCCUGCAGAGUAUUAACCAAAGGUAUGGAGAGGGAGUUAUCCGCGCAAAAUGGCGGGCCUAUAUUCUGAAAUUCACCAGAGUGGCUGCAGCAUUUGAGGAGACUGUUUAUGGAGCAUCAGCUCUGUAUAUAAUGGGACCAGGAGAGGAGUCAGCGUCAAGCGGUGGUGGUUUGAAAGUAGACCCGUCAGACCCGGCAUCGCUUCGGGGUCAUGGCUAUGUCUGGCCGGAUGAGUCAGCCAAAAAUCGAGAACUCGCAGCAUGUGUUUCUCGAAUUGAAGGCUGGCGAAACACACGGUCCUACUAUGGAUUUAUCCAGGAUGUCGCUGCAUCGUAUCAUGCCACGGGGCCCGUCAAGUCGACGGAUCUGCAGCACCACCACGAUCGACUGCGAUCCUUGAAGCUACCAUCAGAGGUUGCGGGGACGAUUUACCUUGCUUUCGCACACUCGAUCCGAGACUAUGCGGGCAUCUGCCAACUACUCACAGUCACGCCAGAGAGCCAAGCUGGACUGUUCUAUGUCAGUCUCGGGCUCUUCCACACAGAUCCGGUGGUUCGGGAGGCGACAGCAGACCUGAUUGACCGCAUUUCUAGCCACGAAGCCGGGCGGCACUUCUGGAACCGCGUCGGGCGGUUCACGAAGCUGGCAUACUCUCGCGCGCGACGCGAUCGAGAUGCACUAGUAAACAGUCCCGCGCUGUCUGCAGGCAGUCAUGGAGACGUGUUUGGUGCACCGCUUCAACAACAACAGAGCCUCGUCGGCGUUGCGUUGGGGGAGACAACGUCCAAUCGGAGGAGCUGA